UCAGGGCUGUUUAUUGUAGUAGUUUAUACUGUGGCAGGAUGAACAAUGCAGCAAAGAUUUUGUUUGCAUAUCUUCCAAAGUCUUAACAAUCUGCAUUUUGCGGGGUGGGUUUCUGAUUAAAUAUUCUUAAUUUGCAAAAGAAAACGUGUUUGGUGCAGUGGCUAAGCAAAAUCUCUGUGUCUGUAAAUUGGUACGGAAUUUAACUAAGAUUUGAGAAGACAUAUUAAUCCAACCCCAUAUGGAAAAGAGGGAAAAGAAGGUUUUUAGGACAACUAAAAUGGCAAUCUUAACAUCUACUGAACUAGUGCUAAACCCGAUUGAGUUCAAUAGAAUUAAUUUACAGAAAAGAUGGAUCCAGAAGAUGUUGAACAGGUGGCUGCUGAGUUACAAGGCAAGAAAAUAGACGGCUGGGAUGUUUUGCAAAUUGCAGCCGGCACUGGCUUGACAGCUUAUGUCGUGUGGGCAGGAAUUCUUAUGCCCGGUUUCCGCAAGGUGCCCUUAAAACUACAGGUCCCCUACAUCCCAGCAAGUGCUAAACAAAUGGAGAACGUGAUGCAGUUACUCAAAGGACGUUCUGGGAAGAUCGUAGAUCUGGGCUCCGGGGAUGGCAGAAUUGUCCUGGAAGCUUACAAACAAGGCUUCAGGCCAGCUGUUGGCUAUGAACUCAAUCCAUGGCUGUUGCGACUUUCCAGCUAUCGUGCGUGGAAAGCUGGGUGUUACGGAAAAGUUUCUUACUACAAGGAAGACCUUUGGAAGGUGAACUUAUCAGAUUGUCGGAAUGUAACUGUGUUCCUGGCACCUAGUGUGUUGAUGCUUCUGGAGAAAAAGCUACUGAUGGAACUUCCAGAAGAAGCUCGGGUGGUCGCUGGGCGGUUUCCUCUCCCCAACUGGACCCACACUGACACAGCUGGGGAAGGUGUCAACCAAGCCUGGGCAUACGACGUCCAGGUGGUCCGGCAACUGAAGAAGGAUGAGUCACAAGGGAGCCCAGUGUGAGAACAUGCCAAUGUUCAUCUUGGACAUGACAAUUUCUCAGCGACAACAACAAAAAACUCCCAUCUUUGCUGAGGUGUCGCUUUCGCCAUUGGGAUGGGGUGUCUCCAUUUCUCCAUCUGGUGGCGCAAUAGUUAGAGUGCAGCUACUUCUGCUGCCUGGCAGCUGCCUGCAGUUUGGCAGUUCGAAUCUCACUGGCUCAGGGUUGACUCAGCCUUCCAUCCUUCCGAGGUGGGUAAAAUGAGGAAACAAGGGGUGAAGUUAAGAAGAAAAAACUGAAAUAACAGUAAUGCAGUACAGUAACUGAAAAUAAGUGAACUGAGACUAAAAUCAUAUUUAUAUAAAUCACAACAGGCGGUUUUUAAUCAACAAAUCAAACAUAGACCGAAUGGAAUCAUAUUUGAUCUUCGUGCUUCCCUACUAAGUCAAAAUAAAGUGUAGACAGAUUUUGUUUAACUUAUACAAACUUAUAGGAUGUCCUUCCAAGAAUGCAUAAUCACCUCUUAUGCACACACAGUGUAUAUAUACACAGUGUUAUAUCAAAAGCUCUUCAUAAACAGACAAAUUCCAGAAUUUUGAACAAAACAUUCACAUUUUUGAAGCUUAAAUUUCACCCAGGAACCUCCAUGGCUGCUUCAAGCCUUUUCCUUCCUCAUAUCUCUUGGGGAUGAAUGUGUACCAGAUGUUGGGUCCAGUUGUUACUCGGGCCAAGAGUCCAGGCCUCUUGAGAACAUCUUGCAAGGAUUCUGAUAUUUUCCAAAGCACCAGAAGGGCAGAACAAGAAAUAAUAGAUGGA